GCAAACGAUAUAUAUAUUUAAAACAUGAAGCUCAGAAAUGACAAACUUCACCGGUACCUAGGGAUGGGGAGUCGACUCCAAAAGAGUCGAUUCCUCGACUCUUAAUGUCCCUAAAGUCGGAAUCGACUCUCGUCGACUCUGUCAUUUUUAAUGUUGUCAUUGACUCAAAUCAGUUAAAUUGUCUUUGUGAUUGGUGCAAAGCAAUGAAUAACAUUUAGAAAAAUCAUGUUUAAGGUGAAAGUCAUACCUCCACUCUCUCUGACUGUACACGUUUACAUCUGAUCCAAAACACCGCGGUAAUCAGAGCAUGAGAGACGCCUGGUACUCUCACAAAAGGGCAUGCAAUAUUUCCCGUUCAUUCUUCACCUUCAAUUCUCACAUUCUUAUUAAAAACUCUGCUAUAUUUCAUCUGUCCCUCUUCAAGCUUUUAUUUCUCUAAACAGCUGUCAAGACUUUGUGAGUUGCUUUGAAUGAAAGCGUCGCGUUAUGCUUAAAUGUGAGUCUGUGCGCAGAACUGGACACAAAUCAAAAUCAAGUUUGUGGAAACAAAUUAUAAAGCGUUUCAUCCAGCUUAAACAGCCAGGAGUCACAAAUCAUAAAUUCAGUUCUUGUUGCUGGGUUAUUAUUAUAACAUGUUUGUUGGAGGCAUGUUGAUCUUUUAAAGCACUUUUUAUUGUUAAAUGCCCAACACAGAAAGACAAUGAGUUACAUUAAGAAAAGAACUAGGUCCCACGGCUUUUCACCUUUUAAUAUAUAAAUUCCUAAACGAAAAUAAAUAAAUGUUUUAGGCUCGUUUAGUGCGCAUUUACGGAGCCUCAAUUCAAAACAAUGAAACGCUGUGUCCUACAAAACAUUCAUUUGUGUAACUGUAAUUCUCCAAAAUCGAUGCACUUUAAAAAUAAUAAAGGAAACUAAAUGUUUUUUUUACCAUAAGUCUAUAGCUACGGUUAGACCUGGGCUGUCAUGUCCUCGCGCUGCGUGCGCAUGGAGAACCACAUCGGUUUAAGACGAUUAACUGUCAGCACAAAAACUCACUGUGAUAGUGUUCGUUGCACAAAUGCAUGUGUAUUUGCUAGAGAUUGGUUGCCAGCCCAAAGUUCCCAAACUUGUGAAGUUACUUCAUUUAUUUUAUAUUCGUAUUCUCCUGAGCCCGUUUUGAAAGGCAGUAAAUGUGGGAAAAAGUAAAUGUAAAAAGUGGGAGUCGAGAAUCGGAGUCGACUCUAAAAAACCCGGAACCGAACACCCCUACCGGUAACACACCCUUCAAACUAACUGCUGUGAUUGAUCUUUAUAUUAGGCCCUCGAGAUAUUUCGGAUUUAAUCCUCAGAUUCAUCAAUUCAGAAUGAUUCAUCCACACUUCAUUCAGUAUGUGACUAAGAGGUUUCUGAACUCACCGCAGAUGGAGAUGUACAGGGAUUUCUACAUGCCCAGCACAGGUGCACAAAUGCUGCUGACCGCUUUACACACCUGUGACCAGGUGUCGGCGUACGGCUUCAUGACAGACAAUUAUGAAGACUUCUCAGAUCAUUAUUAUGACUCAGAAUACAGGCCUCUGGUUCACUAUGCCAACCAUGACCUGAGGAUGGAGGGCUGGCUCUGGAAGUUACUGCACACUCAUAAAGUCAUGUGGCUCUAUCAGAGAUAUAAAAAAAGAAGUGAUGUCACACACAGAAAGAAUUCAGCUCAUGUCUGAAGUGCUUCUAUUUUUAUCCUGAUAACACAAUGAAAGAAAUUGAAAUUGUGAUGUCAUUAAAAUAAAAAUGAUUUUUUUUAUACUUUAGAACUAACUGUAGUGUUUACUGUGUCUCAGUAUGAUGCAAAUGAUGGAGCUUCAGUGAGUGGCGUCAGGUGUCAGAACAUUAGAUUGUGAUUGUACUGAAUUCACAGAACUGGAUGUUCAUGAAAUGAUCGAAUUUUGUGUUUGAUAAGAAAGUCAUGAGGGUUUGACACAAAGAUGGCAUGGCAGAAACCAUGUGUUGUAAUGUAACGCAGUAAAAAUACUUAAGUACAGUACUUAAAUAUUUUUUUGGUAGUAUCUGUACUUUACUUGAGUCUUUAUAUUUCUGCAGACUUUUACUCCACUACAUUUCCUGAACAAAAUGUAUACUUUUACUUUGAUACAUUUUCCCUAAGCAUGUUCAUUACUACAAAAUAAAAGAAUAGAAACAGAAUUGAAAUAGACAAGUCCGGUCACCAUGACAAUGCUGAACUAAUCAUUGGUUAAAGCUCAAUAUGCAAGUGCAAAAAGGUGCUCACUGCGGUUAAUUUCAACUCAAGGUUUUAAUAUGCUGCUGCUUUUAAAGACAGCAUUUUUUUUCAGUUUCAAUGAAUGAUCAAAUGACUUCGUUGUUACUGUGAGGGAAAUGCAAGGAAGGAAAUAAGUAAGGGCCAGACAGAUUUGCUCUGAUUUUGUUCCAAGUUGUUCUGGGAGGGAACUAUCCUUUAAAAAAGUUUAUAAAGUUUGGCAACAUGUUGUUCCAGAUAAAACACUAGUUUGAGACAGAGCUUUUUCAAAGUUGUAAAUUUCUAUGUAAGCACCAUUUUUGAUCUUUAUGCUAAAAAUAUAAACACGUUUGCUUCAACUUUACUUAAAGUAUCAAAAGUACUUUUUUUAUUAAAUCUUCUUAAGUACAAUAUUUAUCUGUUACUUUAAGACUUUUACU